CUUUCCCCAAGUCAGCUGCCCGUCGAAACUCGGAAGCUAUCGAUCACCAUGGCCCGCCCGGCGACAGAACCGACUAACGGCGUCUCCAAGCGGAAGGGGGGCGCUAAUGGCAACGCCGCCUCGAGCGGUGCAGCGGCUGCAGAGGCGCAGGUCGACGAUGCAACUUACAAGGACUUCUUCUGGACCUACACCGAGGAACCACAUCGGACGAGGCGAAUGGCCAUCAUCAAGGCCCAUCCGGAGGUUACCAAACUGUGCGGCCCCGAACCCUUGACCAAAUACGUCGUUGCCGGCGUCGUCGGCCUCCAGCUGCUGCUCGCCCACCUCUUGCGCGACACUCCUUUCUGGUCAUGGAAGUUCUGGGCCGUGGCCUACGUCUUCGGCGCUACCUCGAACCAAAACCUGUUCUUGGCCAUCCACGAGAUCUCCCACAACCUCGCCUUCCGGUCGCCCUUAGCCAACCGGCUGUUCGCCAUCUUUGCCAACCUUCCCAUCGGGGUUCCCUACAGCGCUUCCUUCCGGCCGUACCACCUCACGCACCACAAGUCCCUCGGCGUCGACGGCCUCGACACGGACCUGCCGACCGCCCUCGAGGCCGUCUUUCUCGACUCCAUCCUCGGCAAGGCCUUCUUCUGUACCUUCCAAAUCUUCUUCUACGCCAUCCGACCAGUGACGGUUUACCGCGUGCCCUUCACCUGGGUGCACUGGGUCAACCUGGCCGUGCAGCUGGCUUUCGACUACGCGCUGGUCCGCCUCGCGCCGGGCAUCUUCUCCGCCCAGUCGCUUCUCUACCUGCUCCUCUCCUCCUUCCUGGCCGGGUCCCUGCACCCGACGGCCGGCCACUUCAUUGCCGAGCACUACGUCUACGAGAAGGUCACGCCCGAGGCCCGCCAGCCGGCCAACCGCAUCCCCAUCCCGGAGACCUUCAGCUACUACGGCCCGCUCAACCUGGUGACGUACAACGUCGGCCUGCACAACGAGCACCACGACUUCCCCGCCAUCCCCUGGACCCGCCUGCCCAAGCUGCGCGAGAUAGCCGACGAGUUCUACGCCGACCUGCCCUACCACCGCAGCUGGUCCUACGUCAUCUGGCGCUUCAUCUUUGACGACCAGGUAGGCCUGCGGUGCCGCGUCAAGAGGAAGCAGGGAGGCAGGGUGGUGGGCGGCGGCACGGCCGUGGCCAAGGUGGCGGACUGGAAGGAGGAUGAAGUCCAGGCCUGAGAGGUGACGACGGGUAGGCAUCGGAAGAUUAAAAAAAAAAAAAGGUAUUUAGAGGGAUUAGUUACAGCGCCCUCCUUGUAGAAUUAAUAACGUUUGGGUAUCCGAGUGAGAUUACUGUACCGCGCGGGGUUUGUCGCGGAUAGACUUUGGUAAUGAGAUAGGCACAAUCUACGAUGCUUUGAGGGCGAGAACCUCGGCCCGUGUAUG